AUGGAAGAUCCUGUGGUUACAUCGUGUACUUUUCCUCCAAGGGAGGUAGGAUUCUAUGUGACCGAAGCUGAUUCCGACGAAGAACCGGAAGGUACGCAGCAAGAAUACUAUGUAGACAUGCCUGAUACCGACGAAGAAUUGGAAGGUACUCAUCAUACUACGGAAGAUACUCAGCCUAUGGAAUUGGAAGGUACUCAGCCUACGGAAGAUGAGCCUACGGAAGAUCCUGUGUUUACAUCAUGUACAUAUGAAUACGAGGUGGAUGGUCCAACCUCAGUACGGUUGACAUGGACAAUUGAGAAUUUCUCGAGGUUGAAUGCCAUGGGGCUGUAUUCAGGCAGUUUUUCUCUGGGAAGAGGAUAUCAAUGGAGGUUAAUAAUGUUCCCAAAAGGCUAUAAAGGAGAUGAUCAUUUGUGGAUAUACCUAGAUGUUGCUGAUUAUUCAGAAUUGCCAUCUGGGUGGAUUGUAGAUGCCUUGUUCAGUAUAUCUGUGUUUAACCACAUCCAAGACGAGAUGACAAAAAAAGAAUGUUAUCACAAGUUCAACGAAAGAGAGAGUAACUGGGAUUUCAAAUUCAUGCCACUUAUAGAGCUCAAUGAUCCUAACAGGGGUUUUCUUGUCUUUGACACGAUUGUAGUUGAAGCUACUGUAACUCUUUGUGAGAUGAUUGAUUAUGACUCUAAGAAAGAGACUGGUUAUGUACGUCAUUACCAGGCUCAUGGCUCUCAGGUUAUUGUUCGCUUCCGUUCGUUAGAGAAACCCAGUGAGGAUGAGUUCACUCUUGAAUUCUCAAAGGAGGACAAUUAUGAUAAAGUCAUUCAAAGUGUAGCCAGGUAUCUUGGUUUGGAUGAUCCAUUGAAAAUUAGGCUUACAUCACAUAACUACUUUACCCAAUGCCCUAUGCUCCAUCCAAUAAAGUAUCGGGGAGUAAGACAUCUGUUAGACAUGCUCAUUCACCAUAGUCAGGUUUCAGAUAUUUUGUAUUACGAAGUCCUGGAUAUUCAAUUGCCAAAACUGGAAGACCUGAAAACUCUGAAAGUUGCUUUCUGUCCAGCAAAGAUUGGAGUGACUAUCUAUACUAUUACGUUGACAAAUCAAAGUACCGUGAUGGAUGUUCUUGAUGACCUCAAGACAAAGGUUGAGUUGUCACAUCCAGAUGCUGAGCUAAGAUUGUUGGAGAUUUUCUGUCAUAAAAUUCGUAAGAUUUUCCCUUCACAAGAAAGGAUUGGAACCAUAGAUCACCACAUGACAUUACGUGCAGAAGAGAUUCCCGAAGAGGAGAAGAACCUUGGUCGUCAUGAUCGUUUGAUUCAUGCUUGUCAUUUUAUGCACACAACUCAGAAUGAGGCACUUGUUACAAAUUUUGGGGAACCCUUUAUCCUUGUUCUUCAUGAGGGUGAGAUAUUGGCUGAAAUUAAAGCACGCAUACGGAAGAAACUACAAGUUCUUGAUGAGGAGUUUUUAAAGUGGAAGUUUGCAUUAGUUUCUAGGGGAUAUCCUAAGUACCUAGAGGACUCUGACAUUUUGUCAAAAUGUUUUGAGAAAAGUGAAGUUUGUAGUGAUUGGGAGCAGUACCUUGGAAUGGAGCAUACUGACAAUAAUGCUCCUAAAUGCCCAAAUUCUUCUAUCCUGAACCCAAGCAAAUUGGAGAAGGACAAAGCCCCUUAGAAUAUACAAUUAGGGAGCCUUAAGGUGAUGCAUUGGCUGGACAAGUAUCUUUGUAUCUACAACUCUGUGUACAGAAACAUAAUGAUUUUGGAGGUGGCCUAAUUCUUCAGUUGUAGCUGAGAACUGCCAGAUGAUUUUUAGUAUAUGUUGGUUCUGACAUUUGUCGUACUCUAUUUUGGAAGUGUUUCUACGUUCAUUCGUUGUUAUGUUGAUCUGUUUGAGGAACAUGGAGA